AUGAAUGAGCUGAUAAUUACGGUCUCCACGCGAACAGAAAAACAUUGUAAUUCAUCUGUCGAUACAUCCAAGCGAGUUUCUGAGAACAGAAAAAUAGUCCGUCCCGCGAAUGACGGGACGCGCACAGAUGACGGAGCGAGCGAUGCAAAUCGCUCCCGAUGA